UAGCUUUCAGAAUACACUAAGCCAGCUUUCAAGCCUCUUGGAUGCCAUCUCAGGAGGAAGCAAUUUGCCUUCAACUGCUGGCUCUCACACCUGCCCAUCAACCCUGAUGGGACAGCUUCCUGCCCACAUGCUAAAUGAACAGCAUUAGUCUGUUAGCAGGAGAGCACUUGGAAAGAGCAUGAGGUGAGUUUCCCAUGGGUGUUCCAGAAAUCAGGGUCAGAACAAGAGUAACAGACCAGCAUACAGGAAAGCAAAAGGCCAAAAUUCCCUAAGCCUGAAACAUCAUAUUUGGUGGUCUUGUGGCUUUAGUUUGGGGUCCUGGCUAGGUCAAACCUGGUGGUCCCCUGCAGUUCUGCAAGAACCUCUCACAGCCCAAACUUGGAAGAAGUCCCCUUCAAGAUGGCUGCUGGCAGGUAGACAGGUGAGCUCUCCAGUCAGCACACCCACCUGUGUCCAGAGCCUCCUUCAGCUCCCAGCAGGCUUUCUCAAGGGUUGGUAGUCUGAACAUUCCCUCCGUCCAUGGUCCUUCCACAUAUGACAUAGUGAGGAGAUGGUGCAUGAAACACUGGCAGGGCUGGGUGAAUGGCAGCUUUGGUGGCUUUCCUCAGAGACACAAGCAAGUCUGGAUGGAGAGGUAUGCUCUGCCAUCACUGGGCUGGGAUCUACUUGUUGCUCCAAGCAGAUUGCCAUCAAGAUGAAAGCUCAUGAAGCAGCCUAUUUCUGUAGCAUGUUAGAGUGCUGCAAUAAAGACUCCAUCACAUCAUAUUUCAAAUACUCAAUUACUUGUCGGAUAGUAGAAUCUCUACCCUUUCUUCCUGUAUCUAUAUUUUAGUUUACUUAAAAGACAUUUCAGAGCUAUGAAUGUCUGGUCAGAUGAAACAGAUGCAUACCAGAGCCUCCUAUCAAGCCUUAGAGAAGACAAGCAGCAGCAAAGGCAGAAGAAACAUGAAAAAAUCAAGAGACAAUUCACUUGACCCACUAGUAUGUCAAAAAAUACCAACUACACUGAUCUUACAGUACAAUUUCCUAUGGAGAGGAAGUUUUUCCCAAAAUGAAGAACAAGCAGAUUAAGGACCAGACAACAAUAUAACUUAUUUUUAAGAAGAAAGAACUCUGACAAAUGGGUAACCCUUGGGGAGAAGCGUGCACUGCAGAGUGUGCAAACAGAAGGAUUGGGAUCUGCUGCACAUAGUAGUUCUCUUUUUUUAUUGCCAUCUAGAGAGCUUCCUGCCCUUUUUCCAUUUAUAGACUGGUUCCAGAAAAGAUCACACACGAGCACACACCUCAUGAUUUAUCACAUGCGUGGUGGUGUGUUUAUACUGUUAGAUUAACUCUGCAACAAGUGCUGUAAAUAAGCAUUAGCUUUUGAAUUAACCUAAAGCCUGACCAUAAUAACACAUCUUACAUACCCACGAGCUGCACAAAGCUCAUGGAGGCUCUUGGUGCCAACCAGCUCUGUGGGUUGACUGUAGGAGAGCCGUGUAUCACAGAAAUAUCUUGCAAAACAUGGUCUGUAGGACCCCUUGCAAUCCCAUGCAGUUUAUCUGGGUUUGAAUCCUUGUUUUGUUUUGUUUCUCAUUCCUCUUCCUUUCUUUAAAAUAUGGAAAACUGACACAUCUUGCCCCCAGGGUAAGAAAUAUGUCUCUGGUUGGCCACUAGUGACCCGGUCACUGACCAGACAGUCCCUUCCACAUGUUGAACUUCAUCCCCAGCAAUGGUGGCUUGCGACAUGGAGGCAUCACGAAAUCAUUGCUGGGGAGACUGCAUCUCCCACAGACAUGUGGGGGUUCCCCGCAGUCCCAGGGAAGUGCAGAUGAAUAACAUUUCCUUCUUCAUCCUCAGAGGUAUCUGGAGAGCAGCUCUGCAUUAAUGCCACAAUGAGAUUUGCAGCCACUUUCAGUUCUGCAUGCCUCUGAGCAUCCUUUUAGGAGCAAACCCCAACCAAUAAAGUAGUCAAAUACCAGCUUUGCUGGGCUUCUGCCUGACUGACAUCAGCUGCUGUUGCACAAGCGAUUCUCAGAGCUGUUUCAGCAGCAUAUUUUUGCCUCUGGCGAGUAAAGUUCAAGUGGUGCUGUCUUGUUAAACAUUUUUCCCUUCUUUUAAAGCAUUUUUUUUCCAGCUCAGCCACAGAGGACUGACUUUGCUUCACUUAAAAAAAAGUUAAAAUGUAGUAAAUAACUUGAUGUAAAGAAUUUUAUAGAUUUUCACUCCAGGGAAGGCAUUUUGACGGGUCAGAUUUCAAUGAGACAUUAAAAUAUCAUGCUUGUGUGCAUUUUUCUAAAUUGCUGUCGUUACUGUCUGUGCAACAGGUAGUGAAAGCUGAUGCUACAGAGAUUGGUUUUGUACUUUCUCCCAUAAGACUGGCAGAAAAAUUGUCAGUUGUGCUGUUGCUCAUGUUUAAAUCCACACCCUUGAGCUGUGAUUCAGCAAAUUCCCGGACUAACUCUGGUCUGAAACCCGGGUUCCUCCUUGUCCUGUCCUGCCGGGGGUGGAUUUCCCCUAGAAAAGCCAAUGAACAAAAGCUAAUUUAUUUCUGUAUGCAAUGGGGAGGAAACUUGCUCCAGCAUCUCCCCACCUCUUCCUGCAAGACAUUGGUUCUCUUUUGCACUGAUCAUUUCAGGUCGUGAAUAAAAAUGGAAGUUAGCAGCAGCGGAGCUGGGAUAUAGAAAUUGUUUUUUCCAACGGCACUCCCUGGCUCUGAUCCAUACCUCAUAAAUAAUAGCUCUGACCUCAUUUUAGCUACAAAGAGAAGCAAAAGCAAACUGCCUGUCUCUCUUCAGCAAACCUAAGCUGCUGCCUUAGAGAGGCAGAACUGAGCACUCUGUUAUUAACUGACAUUAUUGAGGAAGUAUUCUUGCUUUCUAUUUUUUGGCUGCAAUUUUUUUGCCACGGUUGUGACAGCAUCUUGAUGGGGAAGCUGAUCUCCAAAGGCCGCCACAAAAGAGAUGCUCGAGUUGUCAUGCUGGGGCUUGACUUUGCUGGCAAAUCCACUCUUCUGUACAAACUGAAGAGCGGUCGGGCUGUGGAGACCUGCCCAACAGUGGGCUUCAACGUGGAGUCUCUGCAAACGCCCUGUCGUAUAUCCUUCACCCUCUGGGAUGUUGGUGGACAAGACAACCUGCGGGCAAGCUGGCCUGACUACCUGGAGGACACCAACAUCCUCAUCUUUGUGAUCGACAGCACAGACACGGCCCGUCUGCCCGAAGCGAUGGCAGCGCUGGAGGAAGUGCUGAGCCAGCCCAGCAUGGCUGGUGUCCCUGUCCUCCUCCUGGCCAACAAGCAGGAAGUUCCAGGAGCGCUGGCUCCCGCCGAGCUGGGGGAGAGGCUGCGGUGGGGGCAGCUGGCGCGACGCCGCUGGGUCCUCCAGGGGUGCAGCGCCCACACCGGACAAGGCCUGCAGGAAGCCCUGGCCAUCCUGGGAGAGCUGCUGCGGGGCCCGGAGCAGAGCACUCUGUCCCAGGAGCUGCCCCCUGCAGGGCCGGUGGGGAGAAGGCAAGCUCUGGGACAAACCUGAACCUUGAGUCGACCCUUUCCAGUUGUCGGUGCUCGCAGGUUUGCCACAAGAGGAUCCCAGCCUCCAGGUGACCCCUAAAAUAAACAGACCUGCAGUUGGAACAUGCCACGCUGAAAAACACCCAGCCGCUUGACACCAAAACCUGCCAGGAAGACCGUUGAGCAAAACUCCCACCAUGGACCAUUUUUGGCUCCAUCUCUUGGACUCUCAUUAGCGGCCACAGAUUGUACUGCAGUCACCAGACUCUGCUCAUCCAUCGUGUGUGUGUCCAGUGCUUCAGCAGGAAUGCUUUUUGCCAGAGCAAUAUAAAUUAUACCAGAGAUGUGCACAAGGGACAGAGGGGGUUAUUUUCUUUCCACGUCUCCCAGCCCUGAUGCAGCUAUGCUGAUGGGGUAAUCCCCAUGGGGGGGUAUUGUUUGAACAUGCCCUAUACCGCUUCUUGCUCAGCUCAGAUCACUCAUUCAUCAGCUGGAAAAGCAGCAGCUACUAAAAGGGAAUGGCUAAACUGGAGCAGUGUAAGCGCAGGACUUCGAACAGCCAGCAGCUAAGUGGUUUUAAUGUGGCAUCUACGGGUAUAAUCUUAGAGCCAUGGACAUGAGUCAGUAUUGGUUGGUGUAAUGUGGUUCAAUGAUGUGUAUAUAUAAAUUUCUGCAUUUCUUGGUUUGGGUCUUUCUUUUCCAUUUGUUAUUUUUAUCAAAUACUGAUUUCAUGAAAA